GGCAAUGCACUAAGAGGAGGAAGAAGAGACAGACUUCUUCUCACCUCAUGGAGAACCCUGAGCCGUAUAAUCCAAAUGGAAGUAACUAUUGGCAAAGCACUGGACCUAAAAGUACUGAGCACAUUAUGAACAUGCCUCCUUCUGGCCGCGCACCCAAUGGAGGUUGGACUACAGCUCCACCACCACCCAUGAUGAGCAGCGAAAUGAGUUCCUCCAACUUCUCCGGUCCACAUGGUCCCCCCUUGCCGCCGCCACACCCUAAUGUGGCUCUCGGGUUCAACAAGAGCACUUUCACCUUUGAUGAAAUGGCGGCUGCAACAUCAGGGUUUGCGCCAGCUAAGCUAAUAGGCCAAGGUGGUUUCGGGUACGUGCACAAAGGGGUGUUGCCAAACGGCAAGGAAAUCGCUGUGAAGAGCCUCAAAGCGGGUAGCGGACAAGGCGACCGUGAAUUUGCAGCCGAGGUUGAGAUCAUUAGUCGUGUUCAUCAUCGCCACCUUGUGUCACUUGUGGGGUACUGCCUUGAAGGAGAACGAAAGCUGUUGGUGUAUGAAUUUGUUCCUAACAACAACCUCGAAUUCCACCUUCACGGAUCAAAUCGGCCACCCUUGGAAUGGGGCAGCAGGGCCAAAAUUGCGUUGGGAUCGGCUAAAGGGCUUGCUUACUUGCACGAAGACUGUCACCCCAAGAUUAUCCACCGCGACAUUAAGGCUGCAAAUAUUCUGAUUGACUUUAGUUUCGAAGCUAAGGUGGCAGAUUUUGGGCUGGCAAAGCUGAACCAGGAAAAUGUCACCCAUGUAUCCACCCGUGUCAUGGGAACAUUUGGGUACUUGGCUCCUGAGUACGCAUCGAGUGGAAAGCUAACCGAGAAGUCUGACGUUUUCUCUUUCGGUAUUAUGCUCUUGGAGCUCAUCUGUGGACGCCGCCCUGUGGACUUGUCUGGAGAAUGUGAGGAGGAUACCUUAGUAGACUGGGCUAGGCCUCGCUGCCUGAAAGCAAUAGAUACUGGGGACUAUUCUGAAGUGUUGGACCCACGGCUAGAGAACAAUUAUAACCAUGAAGAGGUGGCACGAAUGGUGGCAUGUGCUGCUGCGAGCGUUAGACACUCUGCGAAGAAGCGACCAAGAAUGAGCCAGAUUGUUCGUGCAUUGGAAGGCGAUGUCUCACUGGAAGACUUGCACGAGGGGAUCAAAGGGCAGUUUGGCUCUGGCUCUACUAGCAUUGCUUCAUCUGAGUUUGAUGCUAACUCGUACAAUGCGAAAAUGAAGCCGUUCAGAAAGCCGGCACUGAUUGACAGCACAGACUAUCCAAGCAGUGAAUACGGGCCCACAAGCGAGUACAGCCACAACUCCAACUCUGCAAGCAGCAACCACUCCCAAGAGAUGGACAACAAGAAAGGGAUGAACCGGCCACAAGGUCCAGUUUGAGCAGCAAACAAUGAGCUGGAACAUGGACCGAACCGAUGGAACAAGACAACCCAGAACUGGUUUUAUAACCUUUGGAGUACUAUAUUAUAGAAACAUAAAGAUUCUGCAGGUUAAUUAGUGUUAAAAUUAAGAUUGAUGAUGCUAAUAUUUGUGUAUCAUGUGAAAAAGUGAUAGACAAUAUUGUGUGUCACUCUUCCCUGCAGACAUUUUUGUAUUGGCCAUGCAUGCACCUUACUGCUUACCCAAGUAUACCUCUGAUUAAUUUCAGGUAGGUAAAGAUGGUGGUAGAUGCACAAUUGUGACAUUCCAUUAAACAUGGGGCACACCAAAUGAUGGAGGAGUUGUAAUUUUCUUUUUUUUUCUUUUUUUCUUUCUUAUGUUCUUUUGGAAAUGGGUGAACCUAGCUAUGUGUGUUUGUAUGUACUUGCUACUAAUGUUAAACAAACACGUGCAUUUGGAGGAAUUGGUAGCUCGUGUGUUUGUAUUUUCUA